AUGGUGAACUUCACACAAGUCUCAGAGUUUGUCUUACUUGGCUUCGGAGGGGGCCCAGGCACGCAGAUCGCACUGUUCCUUGUGUUUCUGACCCUGUACUCCGUGGCGGUGGUGGGGAACUGUGGCAUGAUUGUGCUCAUCAGGGCUGACGCACGCCUGCACACCCCAAUGUACGCCUUCCUGCAAAGCCUGUCCUUGCUGGACAUCUGCUAUUCCUCCACGAUUGCACCCAGGGCUCUGGUGGACUUCUGGGCCCAGGACCACACGGUGUCCUUCGGUGGGUGUGCAGCUCAGUUCUUCUUCCUGUCCCUGUUCGGCACCACCGAGGCCUUCCUGCUGGCCGCCAUGGCCUAUGACCGCUUCAUUGCCAUCUGUAGCCCGCUGCUCUACCCGGUGACCAUGUCCCCCCGGCUGUGUGCACAUCUUGUGCUGGGGUCCUACUUCUGGGGGGUGCUGAACGCUCUCACGCAGACGACCAUGACCUUCACCCUGUCCUUCUGCGGACCCAAUGAGGUCAAUGACUUCUUCUGCGACGUGGUUCCCGUCCUGUCCCUCUCCUGCUCGGACACCUUCAAAAACCAGCUGGUUCUGCUCGGCUUCUGUGGCUCCAUCAUCGUGGGCACCUUCCUGGUCACGCUGGUGUCCUACAUCUACAUCAUCUCGGCGAUCCUGAAGAUCCGCACGGCGCAGGGGCGCCACAAAGCCUUCUCCACCUGCGCCUCCCACCUCACCGGGGUCUGCCUGUUCUUCGGCACCGUUUUCUUCACGUAUGCGCAGCCCAGCGCCGCAUCCUCCAUGGAGCAGAGCAAGGUGGUGUCCGUGUUCUACACCGUGGUCAUCCCCAUGCUGAACCCUCUCAUCUACAGCCUGCGGAACAGUGACGUACAGCGCUCGCUGGGCAGACUAUAUCAAAAGUAUGCUAUUAUAAAUGAGGAUGUUUUUCUGGAUAUUUUAUUUAUCGAAGGAGCCUCCUACCACACACCCGAGAAACAAAGUGCCAUGCAGCACCGUGGCUGCUGUGGCUCUGUCCCUCUGCCCCUGGUACUGCACAAGCGUUUUGACACCAGGACAAAGAUGAAUCCACGAGCUGACACAGAAGCAGCUGUCCUGGUGAUGCCUGGUACCACUUGCCGCUCCCCUCAGUGUCCCAGCACCAAGUUACUGAUGUCAGCCUUAGAACUAAAUGCUAAUGUCGAGCUCAUCGUCUUCCCUGUGGGAAGUGGCAAAGGUCCCAGUGACGCCCUCAGCUUUGUCACAAAAGGCCUGUGGGCCGGGGAACCGGGCCUCAGCUUGCAGGAGGCCCGGGCUGCUUCCCCAGCUCUGCAAAGCAUGUGGUGA